GUAGCAAUUGUUGCGGGCGGGAGUUUGGAGAAAGUACCGGUGGGCAACGAGAAGGAGUCCGGGAUCCCGAGAGGCAAGAGCGGGCAGUAGGGCGUCCGGGAGCCGGAGACCCGAGACCCAAAGGCCAGGAGCCGAAAGGGCGAGGGGCGAGAAACAGGGAUCCGGGCACCGGACGGUGUGGAGGUCGCGGGCCGGGGAGCUGGGCCCUGAGGAACAGAAACAGCCAUAAACUGACUGCAUGUGCCGUUUAAACACCCUCCGUCAGCAGGGUGCACGGUGUGUGUGCCGACAGGUGAGAUAUCGUUGCAAGAUGUAAUGACAAGGAACAUCAUGAAUGAUGGACUACCCUUCCAUUCUUCUGACACAGCUCGUCGUUCCUGUGGCUCCCGUGAAUUUCCUGGCUCCGUUCUCUACAGAGGGAGAACUUACCAAUCAGCAUCUGAGGCUCUGGAAGCUUAUAUUGACAGUUUUGAAAAGAAGCUGUCCUCCCCAGCGGAACAUGCGAACAAACUGCAUUUGCGAAGCAGCUCCAAACUGUUGUCUACGUCUCCACACAAUGGAAGAGAAGCUUUCACACAGCGGCAUUCCUUCAAAGACUCGGAUUUUCCCGCUCGCCCUUUGGGAAGGCAGAUGGGUACUGAUCCAGACCUCAUCAGCCUCACCACCGAUGAUCUUUUGCAUCUUCCGGCAGACGGCUCUCUGCCUCUGACUCGAACCUCUGUGCUGAAAUGCUUGUUGAAGGGCAACCACCACUGGGGAUCCCAUUUGAAACACGACUCCUCGUACCCCUCUGUAAAGCCGUUUCCGGAAUGUUCUGAGGCCCGACCUCGCAGGAAGGAUGACGACUUUGCACUGUUUUCUGGGAGGGCUGGUGACGAGCUAUCGAACUGGAAUGCUCAUCUCAAACCUCUCCAACUUGUACGUCCAAAGAGAGGGCCAAACAAGGGAGAUGAGUGCAAGGCCUCCUUCAUUCCAGGAGGCUCUUCUGUGGAAGAUUGUGGAUUUAGAGACCGUAAGUUUAACACUCUUUCCAGGCAGAGUUAUCCAAGGUGGCUGACCAGCCAGAAAUCUGAGCUGGGCGUCUCUGGGAUAACUAGCGUGCCAGAGCUGAGGUAUCCAGGCUGGCUUCAGGACUGUGAUCUGGGCUCCAAUUUAAGUGGGCUCGAUCCUCUGAAUGGAAGGCUGUACCCACGGGGAAUUCUGUGCGGAACUGAGCUCGUAGAACACAAAUUACGCUCCAGUGCUGAUAAAGGAACGCCAGAGCACAAACAUUUCGGCCAUUACUUGCGUAGUGAGGAUGAACCAUUUCAUGUCCAUACAGACCCAGGGACGUGUGCCUCUUGGCAAAGGGCACCAGGACACCAUUGUUGUACUGAAGAGUCAGAGGAUUCUUGCUGCGCUAAACCUUUCAGAGAGGACCACGUUGAUGUACUCAUCCGUAAGGCCGAACAUGUUCUUGAAGCACUUUCUCAGCAUGUGUCCAGUUUCCGGCAGAAUCACUGCAGUCCCGGUACCGAAGAGAUCCUGGAUGCUGAUCGAUCUUGGGAUAACCCACCUGUUACCUUUAAAUCCCCAGUACCCAUAGGCAACAGUGGAGAAGAUUGUUUUGAAGCUUCUGAUUUUGCUCGGGCCGAUGAUGGUGGCCAUGACUACCUGACGACUUGCCUUCAGAGGAACCACCCUAGCUCGCUGGAGGCUUCUGGAAGAAAGCACCAUGGGCCAGUUGAAGCACUCAAGCACAUGUUGUUCAGUUUGCAGACAGUGCAGCAGAGUCUGGAGAGUGAACAUGCAGAAGAGCGUGAGGAGCUACCAGAAAACAUUACAUCUCACACUCAGGACCUGGAUUUUGAAGAGGCUCCUGGCAGCAAGUCAUUGCAAAGGGCACUCAGCCACCUGAAUCAUCUGAAGGAGUUGGUUGAUAAUAUCAGUGCCAAGAAGAAAAAAGAAAUGGAGAGUGAUCAGUAUAUUUGAGAAGCAACCUGGGGCAGAUAUUUUAUUGUAUAAUAUCUACAGUAUGAAGUUUAACCAAAUAAAUAUAAUGUUUAAUGGAUCAAACUGUGCCAAUGUGUUGUGAUGUUGGAGUCCCUUAUCAGAAUCAGGUUUAAUAUCACUGGCAGAUGUCGUGAAAUUCUUGUUUUAUGGCAGCAAUACCUUGCAUACAUUAAAAAGUCUAUAAAUUGCAUUAAGAAUCAUACAAAUAAAAAAUGUUAAGUAAGUAGUGAGGAUGUUGCUUACUGAAGUACCCAUGGCUGUAACUGUGAAUUUCAGCUGUAGUGGUUCUAUUGGAGCUGCACACCAAGAGCCAUUCCAUAUUGGCACCAUCUAUGGAAAUAGAAAUAUAGCUGGGAACGACCACCUUAACCAGGUUUCCAUUUCACACCAGAUUACAUUCUUUCAAAGUAAUAAACCCUGUUUGGAUGAAUUGUUUGUCUGAAGGACGCAAACUGCUUGAGGAUCUCAGCAGGCCAGGCAGCAUCUCGGGACAGGAAUAAACAGUUGACGUUUCGGGCCGAAGCCCUUCAUCAGAUCGUGACCACAACAUAACCUCUUACUCAACGUCAGGAAAUCCAAAGAGCUGAUUCCUAACUACAGGAGGAAGCAGCCAUGAGCCAGUCCUCAUUAAAGAAAUGGAGGUGGACAAGGUCAAUUCUUGGGUUCAGUGUCAUUUAUUAUCAAAGUAUAUGAAUCACACCAUAUACAUCCAUUGUGUGUGUACUCAGUAAAUCAAAGAAUCAUAAUAGAAUCAAUGAAAGAUUGUCCUGUUGGAUGCAAUGUAUAAAUACAAAAGAAUGAAAUGACUGUAAAUAAGCAAUAAAUAUUGAGAAUGUGAGGGGAAGAGUUCCAGAAAGUGAGUCCACAUGAGGUGGGAACAGUUCAGUGAUGGGGUAAGUGAAGAUAUUGCCACUGGUUCAAGAGCUUGAUGGUUGAGGGGUGAUACCUGAGGCUCCUGAAGGCAGUGAGAAGAGAACGUGACCUGGGUGAUGGGGUGGCUGAUGUUGGAUGCUACUUUCCUAUGACAGUGCCAAUGAGCUGAGCCUACAUUGGUACUGCAAAGCAAGGGGACAGGAGCCUGAAUAUCUGUCCCCCUCCUUUUGACUCCUGAUGAGAAAACUCUUCCUGCAUAUUCCCCUCCACAGAUGCUGCCUGACUUGCUGAGUUCUUCCAGCGUCUUGUGCGUUUCUCUGGUUAUGAAUAGUUUUCUGUGAAAUUGUUCUUUUCCCUGUAAAUGUCUGUAAGAAAAUUAAUCUCAGUGUAUGGUAACACGUACAUAAUUUGAUAAUAAGUUACUUUGAACUUUGAGUGGGAGGGGGCAGCAGGCUAAUGUAUCGCUUUACAGCAUCAGCAACUUGGGUUCAAUUCCCACAGCUCUCUGUAAGGAUGUUGUGUGUUCUCCCUGUGACCAGGUGCUCCAGUUACUACCCACAUUACAAAGACGUGCUGAAUAUAAGUGAAUUGCUCACAUCAUGGGUGUAAUUAGCCAGUGAGGGCUUAUUGGGUCAGCAGGGCCUUUCACUGUGCUGUAUCUCUAAAUAGAUUACCUACAUGCUAUUUUUGUAAUUAAACAUGCCAGAAUUAAUACUGUUUUCACAUUUAUUUCACUGUACAGUAUUCAAUAUGGCAGCAUCCAUUAUUAAGGCCCUCUAGCACAGAGCAUGCCCUUUUCUGUUACCAUGAUGUAGGAGGUACAGAAGCCGACAGCAUACACUCAGCAAUUCAGCAACAGCCUCUUCCCCUCGGCCAUCCGAUUCCUGAAUGGAAAUUGAAGCUUUGAACACUACAUCACUUUUUUAAAAUUACAAUUUUUUGCACAUUUAAAAAAAUCUAUUUAGUGUGCAGAGGAGAUUUACAAGGAUGUUGCCUGGAUUGGGGAGCAUGCCUUGUGAGAAUAGGUUGAAUGAACUCGGCCUUUUCUCCUUGGAGCAACGGAGGAUGAGAGGUGACCUGACAGAGGUGUUUAAAAUGAUGGGAGGCAUUGAUUGUGUGGAUAGACAGAGGCAUUUCCCCAGGGCUGAAAUGGCUAGCGCGAGAGGGCAUAGUUUUAAGGUGCUUGGAAGUAGGUACAGAGGAGAUGUCAAGGGUAAGUUAUUUUUACACAGGGGGUGGUGAGUGCUUGGCUGCUGGUAACAGUGGUGGAGGCGGAUACAAUAGGGUCUUUUAAGAGACUCCUGGAUAGGGACAUGAAGCUGAGAAAAAUAAAGGGUUAUGGGUAAAGCCUAGGUAGUUCUAAGGCAGGGACAUGUUCAGCACAGCUUUGUGGGCUGAAGGGCCUGUAUCAUGUAUGUUUUCUUUGUUCUAUGUUCUAUUCAAUAUAUGUAACUGAUUUACUUUUUUUGUUAUGUUUUAUUUAUUAUUUUUUCUCUCUGCUAGAUUAUGUAUUGCAUUGAACUAAUGCUGCUAAGUUAACAAAUUUCAUGUCACAUGCCAGUGAUAAUAAACCUGAUUUUGAUUCUGUGCAAAAAUCUAAGGCACAUAUAUAUAGCUAGGGUGCCUAAGAAUUUUGUACAGUAUUGAAGUAAUUUUAUGUAUUGCACUGUACUGCUUCUGCAAAAGAAACACAUCAUAUGUGAGUCAUGAUAAACCUUAUCUUGAUAUGGGUCUCUAUUGUGGACUGAAAGUGAGAAGGGGACAGGAAGAGGGGAAUUAUGGUUGGGAAAAGGGGAAAGAAGAGGGGAGGAAGUGGGAAGCA